GUCGCUGCCUCUGGGGCGGGGCGGCCGGCACUGGGGUUGAAGCGCGGGGCGGCGGGGCCCCGGCGGCGGAAGAUGGCGGAGCUCGGCAAGAAGUACUGCGUGUACUGCCUGGCCGAGGUGAGCCCGCUGCGCUUCCGCUGCACCGAGUGCCAGGACAUUGAGCUGUGCCCCGAGUGCUUCUCCGCCGGCGCCGAGAUCGGCCACCACCGCCGCUACCACGGCUACCAGCUGGUGGACGGCGGGCGCUUCACGCUCUGGGGGCCCGAAGCCGAGGGCGGCUGGACCAGCCGCGAGGAGCAGCUGCUGCUGGAUGCCAUCGAGCAGUUCGGCUUCGGGAACUGGGAGGACAUGGCAGCUCACGUUGGCGCUUCCCGGACCCCCCAGGAAGUGAUGGAGCAUUACGUAAGCAUGUACAUCCACGGAAACCUGGGGAAGGCCUGCAUCCCCGACACCAUCCCCAACCGGGUGACCGACCACACCUGCCCCAGUGGGGGCCCCCUCUCUCCUAGCCUCACCACCCCCUUGCCUCCCCUAGACAUCUCGGUGGCCGAGCAGCAGCAGCUGGGCUACAUGCCACUGCGGGACGACUACGAGAUCGAGUACGACCAGGACGCCGAGACCCUCAUCAGCGGGCUCUCGGUCAACUACGACGACGACGACGUGGAGAUCGAGCUGAAGCGCGCGCACGUGGACAUGUACGUGCGCAAGCUCCGCGAGCGGCAGCGGCGCAAGAACAUCGCGCGUGACUACAACCUGGUGCCCGCCUUCCUGGGCAAGGACAAGAAGGAGAAGGAGCGGGCGGCGCGGCGCAAGGUCACCAAGGAAGAGAAGGAGCUGCGGCUGAAGCUGCGGCCGCUCUACCAGUUCAUGUCCUGCAAGGAGUUCGACGACCUCUUCGAGAACAUGCACAAGGAGAAGAUGCUGCGCGCCAAGAUCCGCGAGCUGCAGCGCUACCGCCGCAACGGCAUCACCAAGAUGGAGGAGUCGGCCGAGUACGAGGCGGCCCGGCACAAGCGCGAGAAGCGCAAGGAGAACAAGGCGGCGGCCGCGGCGGCCGCGGCGGCGGGGGGCGCCAAGCGCGGCAAGGAGGAGGCCCGGGACGGCGAGUUCGCGGCCAUCGAGCACCUGCCGGGCUUUGAGCUCCUGUCGGACCGCGAGAAGGUGCUGUGCAGCUCGCUCAACCUGAGCCCCGCGCGCUACGUGACCGUGAAGACCAUCAUCAUCAAGGACCACCUGCAGAAGCGCCAGGGCAUCCCCUCCAAGAGCCGCCUGCCCAGCUACCUGGACAAAGUCCUCAAGAAGAGGAUCCUGAACUUCCUCACCGAGAGCGGGUGGAUAUCCAGGGACGCCUCCUGAAGCCCGCCGCCCGGAGUGCCCGGGAUGGACGGACGGAUGGAGGACGGUUGCUGCGAGAGCCACACCGACAGCGAAGAGGGGGAAAAAUAAAAUCUUUGUGAGCCAAAACGAAACAGGGUGGGCAGGAGGGGGAGAGGAAACGCUUUUCCGUCCCACCCCCCACCCCGCAUUGUUGCUCUUUUUUAAAAAACAAAUCCAGUUCUUUUUUUAGGGUAUCAAUUCUUUUUACUGUCCUCUGAAGAAGCAAUAGCAACAGUUGGAUCAAGGGGAAGACAAAAUCCGUGUAUAUUUUACCUGAAUCCCUAAAUGUAGUACUUUAAGAUGAGGAUUUGCCUUUGAGUGUUCAGUGUGGAUACAUGAUGAUGAGAUUGGGAAAUUUACUUUUUUUGUUGCUUCCCAGUGGUACAGGACUGUGAGAUGGGCGGAGGGGAGCCCUUCCCUGCUGGCCGCUGGUUCACCCCCGUGACCUGAGCUCUGCGCGGCUGCCCUCAGUGGCGGGCAGGUGGCACUUUAGGCGGAGGGUGCGGGCCGGGCAGAAGACGCUGGGGAAGGGCGGGACGGGCAUCCCUAGGGACUGGCCUGGAGGAAUCUGGUGGUGAACGGUUUGGCCAAACUGAGCUUCCUCACGACGGCUGGUGGUGGCACUUUGAGGGAGCUCACCACGGUGUCUGGGGGGGAUGCGGGGCCUCCUCCCCUGGAGGUGCUGCUUGCUGCGCUUAGAACUUGGUCGUGUGUUUUACUUGGAAGAACUCAUUUUAAGUGAAGCUCACUGAGAGUUGGGAGUUCUGGGUUUUGGCUCCUUCCAGGGUUCUCACCCCAGUGGCAAGCGCCUCCUUCUCUGAGACUGCCCCUGUGCCUUGUCUUGUGUGGUGUCAGGCGCUGGGCUAGGCGAGAGGGACCCCGGUGGCCUGGAGGCCUGGGUACUGCUUCUCGGGGCCGCCGCCUGGAGCCAGACUCUGGCGUGGCUCUGCCCAGCCGGGUUCAGAGAGGCUCUCGGGGGUGCCCUUCCGUGACAGGCACGGCGCCUUCUGCGGGAACCCGAGGAGUCGCGUGUCCUCCAGUUGCCCGGGGCGCUCGUGUCCAAGGCCCUGCUGUAGGGUCAGGGGAGUGGCCAGACCCCAGUGCUGCUCCGGUCAUCCUGCGGCGCAUCCCGCCUCUAACCCCUCGAAGCUGCCAGACUGUUUACCUCCCAGAAUGCUUGGGCUUGAAGUUACACUGAAGUGAAGGGAUUUGGGAAAGAAAAAAAAAAAAAACUCAUCAUUUCCAAGGACGGCUUAAUUCUGGUGCCUUUUCCUUUCACGUCCUUCUGUCUGUCCCCUAGGGUGAACGUCCAGCAUUAAGUACACACUCCAAGUAUACUGGGGGCUUCCCUGGCGACUCCAAUGGUAAAGAACCAGCUGCAAUGCAGGAGACCUGGGUUCAGUCCCUGGGUCGGGAAGGUCUGGAGAAGGGAAUGGCAACCCAUUCCAGUAUUCUUGCCUUGGAGAACCCCCACGGACAGUGGAGCCUUGGCGGGCCACCGUCCACGGAGUUGCAGAGUCGGGCGCGACUGAGUGCCUGAUGCUCAAACGUGUCAUCCGUGGCUAUAGGGGUAAACCGCGUCGCAUGCUGGCAGGGCAGCACUCCCCGAGACCUGACCACAAACCCGGGACCUCUCUGACCAUUAAAGCAGCGGGCAGUGGCGUCACUCUUGAGUGCUGUCACCCGCAGGGUAACCACCGCUGAUGAGCGUGUGGACACGGUCUGUGCUGAGCAGAGGCGGAGAUGGUGCUACGUCCCUCCAGGGGUUCUCAGCCAGGGUUCCUGGAGCAACAGCGUGGCGCCCCCCGGGGAAUCCGCUAGUGCUUCAGGGACUUGGGCCCCCCCAGGCCUCGGACACGCGGGGCGGGGCCUCGCAGGUCAGUGGGACACGGGCUGAAGUCUGAGAACUGUGGGCUUUAGCCACUUCAGUGUGACUGAUUUUCUACAUCAGAUUCCUAGUUUGGUGAGGUUUUAAAUUUAAGUCUUAUUUUUAUACAAAAUGAUUGCCAGACUUUCACUAAGCUUGAGAAGCAAAAGCUCCCUGUAAAAUGUGCGUGGCCCCGGCCCAGAGCUGUCAAAUGAGAAGUUCUGUGCUUAAGCAGGUUUUCAGUGUGUGUGUCUUUUCUCGACGGUAUGAAGAAUUUAUUUAGGCUUGACUGUUUUUAAACACCAUAAUGAAUGUAUAAUUUAUGUUAAAAGUGUGAACCCUUUGUUACAAGGGAAAAGUAAUUUUAUGAUUGGUUGCCUCUUGUCCCAUCAACUCCAGCUAUUACUGUUGCAUUAGUCCCGCCCCUGCUGUUUGCUCGGAGCCUUUAAAUUUCUGUAUUUAAUUCUUAUGAUAAAUGAGUCACCAUGAUCCCAUGGAAUUAGGUCUUUUCAAAACGAAAACUCUCGAGUCAGAAGAUAAUCAGCUGUUCAGAACGAUGCUCUGGAUGGCCAGCAUUCCGAGAAUGUAUUCAGACCGAAACUCUGCCUACCACCUUUUCCCCUUUUACACAUUAAACAGGUUGAGAAGCAAA